AUGGGAGGGAUGUACAAUCCUGAGGCACUGGCGCAGAUAACUACAGUGACAUUUUCUCCUCGAUCUCCACUUGUUGUGAAUAGCUCGCACGCCUUUCAGCCCUACGAUCUUCCCUGUCAACACACCCCUGUCAAUGUAUUCAUACAAUGUCCUAACAGUACUGCAGAUACCAGGAGUAUUCAAAGCAGCUUGACAACACUGGAUUUGAAAAAAGACACCGUUUUAAAGAGAACUGAGAAAUUAAAAUCACAGCCUUCAUCCAUGAGUGGCAAAAAAUACUUCAAUGCAGCAUAUAGUAAACGAGCCUCUCAGAGUUCUACCUAUGGUAAAGACUACUCGACCCUCAAAGCUGUCAAUGGGGCGCUUCAUGAUUUUUCGCAUUCAAAGGCAGAAAAUCACCCAUGGAUACUAAUAGACCUUGGCAAAGACUUUUACGUUUUUGAAGUAGAGAUCUACAAUGUUGACAAGAAAGUACAAUGUUGUGCAAAUCGUUUUCAUGACGCUGAUAUUAAAGCUGGCAGAUCACUCGACUCAAUGUUAACCUGUGGACAUUUUGUUGGCCCAGGAAAGGACAAAGAGCGCAUUAUAAUUCGCUGUAGAAAAAUAACUGUGGCCAGAUACGUCAAAAUCCAAAUAACAUCGGGAACCAACAAUUAUCUUCACAUAGCUGAGGUGCUAGUCUGGGCAACGGAAAUGUAGCAAACAUUUUCCAUGCAUGUGUUUUAAAAAUAU